UUCACUACCAGCAUGUGACGUUGAAUCGGCCGCCCGUUUCGAAUGUGAGCCUAUCCACUUGACCAGACACUACAGAUGGGUGCCACUAGACUUCCUCUCUCGUUGCUCGUCCUUCUCGGCACCCUGCGUGUCAUCAGCAGGGUGAGCGCGCUCCCUCCGGAGCCUGAGAUGUCUACUAGUAUGUUGACAGAAAACAAUGGCACGACCCUUCACUUAGAAGAGAUCUUUCUCGGGAGGUGUUGGGACUUCCAACGACUAUGGAAAGUUUCGCCGGAGAUAAACUGUACUGGUCUGUGGGACAAGUUUUUUCACGCCUUCUCUAACCGCGACCCUUGUGACCAGAAACCGUCUUAUUAUGACGAUUUCUUCAGCGCUUCAGCAUUUGACACGCCAUCAGCGGAGAAGACCCUGUUCUGGUCCGGUACCACCGUCCUUGCCCACGAAUACUCAAACGACGGCCUCCGGUACACAACUCUAGAGGACACCCUCCCCGGCUAUGUACUGAACGGGCUGAGGUGGUGCGGGUCGCUCAGUGAACCGUGGUACAACGAAAAGACAUGCCCCAAGUGUCCGCCGACUGUGCCAUGGGAUUCCUUCUGGCGUGCGGCCUCCAGAUCUUUCGCCAAAAGAGCGCGAGGUGACGUUUAUGUGAUGUUGAGCGGGACGAGGAAAGACCAGGAAGGGAAGCCAAUCGAUGCCUUCGUGAACACAAGCUACUUCGGAAUGGAAGAGUUACCGAAUUUGGACCAACAGAAAGUCUCCAAAGUCAACGUCUGGGUGAUGCACGAUCUUAUCGUCGUUCCACCGUACAGAGAAGCGUGUGGAAAAGGCUCCUUAAUUCAGCUGGAUCAGGAGUUGAGCCGUCGCGGAUUCCUUAUGGACUGUACAGAUGAUCCACCGUUCCUGAGGCACCUACAGUGUGUGGACGAUCCUAACAGUAAAUCCUGUACCAAGGCUGCAACUGAUGGAACCAACACAAGCAACGCUCCCAAAAUAACCAUGUAUAAGAUCUCUCUUUCUGUCAUCAUUGUAUCAGCGUGGCUAGUGACGGUAAACACAUGAAAAGUCAUCCAAAGUCAUGAAAAGUCAUCCAAACACAUGAAAAGUCAUUCAAACACAUGAAAAGUCAUCCAGUGGUGUACAACCCCCGGGCACUGGACAACCCCCACAAGAUGACCAUGUCAACGCAGUAAACUACAAGGAGCGGCUCAAAGUGGAAGAGAACUUCCUACCGAGACGAAAGAUCUACUCUACUCUAGUGCUGACCUAGCGACAUAUGUGUUCAAUUAAAGAAACAAACUUUCAUCUAGUAACGUUUAGUAUUUGAUGAUUUUCUGGUAUAGAUUUAGUCACAGCCACAGUGCUACAUGAUCAUGACCUACAAAUACAUUCAUGGGAAGCUGGACACAGAGGGUUGCCUACCAAAAAUGCAAGAAAAAACAAGAACAAGAGGGAACAGCUUACGCCUAAACAAAAGAUCAGUGAACAACAACAAAAGGCUGUUUUUCUACAGCAACAGGGUAGUAACAUGGUGGAACAGUCUACCUGAGGAGGUGGUGUCAGCCCCAAGUGUGAACAGUUUUAAAAAUAGACUGGA